AUGUACGAUCCGGAGCACAGGUGAGCCACUCCCUGAUAUUCUCUGUAAGCGGGGACGAGUGUUUCAGAGAUGCGUGGUGUGCGAAUGAGUCACUGGUUCAGUACGAGCCCGACGAGACGGCCAAGAUUUGUGCUCCGUGGGAAAAGUUUUGUGUGGUGAGCGAAAAGAAGGGUACGGUAAUUAGAUGUCCGAACUUUUCAGACAGCAGUCGUCACAAUUAACAAAGCGUUCACGAGCGUGAGCAGGGGAUGCGGAGAGAAAUGUUCGGAGCUGUGCGAGUCCACCGGAUACGGUCAGGAUCAGGUGAGUUGCGUUUGCUUGCCGGGUGGCCGAGUUGCCAGGUCACUUGGAAAAUCGCUCGGGGGCCAGAGCUCACAUUGACACAAGUUUAUAGUUUUCACACCGCCCAUGAAAUGUGAGUUGUUCAUUUCGAUCUCUUCUAAGAAACCGACCACAAAUAGACGCGCGAGUUGUUCAUGAAUUCGUGAUGAUGACGUGGCAACCGAGGGGCUGGGAGAGGGAGCGGAAGAAAGAGAGCUCCGGCGGGCUCAAAAACAAGUAGGGCCCACUACUCGGCACCCUCGCUCGCAUCCGCCGUUUCACACAUGUACAACCUCUCUUUCCUUCCAAACUCCACCCCUUUUUUUGGUUUUGAAAGAGCAAAGCGGGGAAAUUUCGGUGAAAUUCGAUACGAGACACCGGCACAUUUGGAAGAGACCUCUCCUGAGCGAAGAAGAAGAAGAAGAAGAAGAAAAAUAAAGGCUCUCUUGACGAAUUGACUAUUGUGCGUUUCUACGAGAAAGGCAGGUGAGAGGGAUGUGGUCGAAUGAGCAAAGCAAGCAGAAGAAGAAGAGGAAGAAGGAGAUGAGGGGUUGAAAUGGUGAAAAGGUGGGAGGAGGAUGACAAUGGGCGAGUGACGGAAGGGAUGGGGGCGCGAAGAAAGAAGUUGUUCGCCGGGCCCGGAAGAGAAUACUUCCUGAAUUCACGGAAAUUGACUGGGCGGCCCCCUGACUGGUCACACACGUGGCAGUUACGCAAACGUACGAAAUUGGAAACGUAGGGGAAACGUACGGGCUCGCGUGACGUCGCGAAGAGCAGGAGAGCAGCUUUUAAGCGGACGUCGGACGCAACCUAUAUUUAUUAGGCAACAACAGACUAUCGGGUUACACGGGAGACUAGAAUGGAUUUUGUGUUUAUCAGCGUUUACAGGAAAUUGGUUCUGUUUCCUGAAAUGAAGCUCGCUCCGUCAGAUUGAAUAACAAGGAAGGCUCGUCUCCGUUCCUCCCCACGCCCCGCCCCUUUCUUUUAUAGCCGUACUAGUACCAAAUGGUGUUUUUGGCCGAACUGAUUGACCGAGACUAAUUGCAACCAUGUGUUGGACGUCAGAGAGAGAGAGAGAGAGAGAGAGAGAGAGAGAGAGAGAGAGCAACUCUAUCCGAGACAGUCAUAAAACAUUUGACGACUGCUCUCCGAAAUCGCUCUAUUUUGCAGGUAAACUGCGACGACUGUUGUGAGGAGGAUCUGUGCAACGCCAACUAUUCCGUGCAAUACUACGAGGUGCUGAUGAGCCGACAGUACACUUCGUGGACGACUCCGUUGCCCGGAGAGGUACGGUCGAUUCGGAACCUACCGUACUCCUUUAUUUCAGCUCGCCUUCAAUCGGAAGCACAACCUGAGGUUCCCAUACUCUUCGGUCUCUUCGCCAAAUAAUUUAUUCUUUUGCUUACUCAGUUUCUCACUUUUCAUUCCGUUGGAAGCCUGCUGUGCUCAAUAA